GGAGACCAGCUAACACUUCCCAGCAGUGCAAGCUCCACUGUUAAGUUGCUUGGAGGAGUUUGGAGGAACUAGAAGUGGAAACCAGGAAAAGCACAAUCCUGGGAUGACCAGAGAUCCUUCUCCCAAAGAUGGACAAGUAAAUGCAGAAAUGCAGGAAAAUAAGCAUUGGGUGUUUUCAUAAUGGCUAUGCAUACUAGUCAUGUCUUCCAUGGCCGAGAUAAUAAAUUUCUGGAAGAUCAUUGCAUGAGGAGAAACAAUGACAGACAUGCAAAGAAGCAAUUGAACCAGAAGGAUAUCAGUGGACUUGGCCCAAAUCCAGACAAUGGACUUCUGGUUACACAUGUUAACCAGACCCAGGACUUACUGAGGCUGCAAGGAGAUGAGACCCAGCCUUCAGCUUGGGAGGACUGGGAAGAUUGGCUUUCAACGCACAGUUUGAAGUUUGAGAGACUCACCUUGGCUGACCUGAUAAGCCAGGGCACAGCCCUCCUGGAAGAGGGCAGCAAUGUCAUGAGGAAAAUGCACUUUUCCACCCAGAUCGUCCACCAAUUUGAAUCAAGGCUUUCUGAAGCUAUUGAACUCUACCAACAGAGACUCCAGUGGCUCACAGAAGACAGCAAGAAGGCAUUUGGCCUCAUCAGGGGGACCAGAGUUGGUAUCCUUAUUGAUGUGUCAGCGGUCAGCAGUGGCCCUCAGAAAGAGGAGUUCCAAAAUGACCUCAUGAGCCUCAUUGAUGAGCAGCUGAGCCACAAGGAGAAGCUGUAUGUCCUAUCCUUCGGCACCACCACCAGCGCCCUCUGGCCAGACCCUGUGAAAGUCAGUGCGUCCACCCUGCAGGAACUCAAGCUCUGGAUAAAGAAGCUGCACCCUGAGGGAGGCAGCAAUCUGCUGCAGGCCCUGAGGAAAAUCUUCACUCUCAAGGGGCUGACUUCACUGGUGACCAUCAUGGGAAGCUGCCCAGAUCAGCCUACUGAAAUCCUGUCUCACUACAUCCAACAGUCCACCUUGGGAAGGGGCCUCAUCACCCACAUCAUCACCUACAAAUGCGACAAUCAGGUGCCCCCUGCUGUCCUAAAGAACCUUGCAGAAGCUCUUGGGGGCUACUACCACUGCUACAGCCAAGAGAUGGAGAUCUACACCAGCUGGGAUAUGGACCAGCUCCUGGCAGAAAUCCAGAAGGCCCAGAGCCUCCUGGACCACAUCCAAGCCCUGCACCACAGCGCCCCCGGUGAGGAGCUAACCAGCACCGUGAAGGAGAUUUCCCCUGACAUUGCAAAGGGACCACUCACAAAUCUCUUGCCUAAAUCCCCAAAGCAUGAGGCUCCCCUCAUAAUAGAGUUCCCAAACUUGGAAAAGACUUCUGCAGAAUGGCUAAGGAUCAAUGGCCUGAAAGCCAAGAAGCUAAGCCUUUAUCAAGUUCUUGCACCCAAUGCAUUCUCUCCUGUGGAGGAAUUUGUGCCUAUUCUCCAGAAAAUGGUAUCAUCAACUAUACAUGAGAAGGCAAUGGUGCAGUUUGAAUGGCAUGACGGGACAGUGAAGAAUAUUCAUGUGGACCCUCCCUUCCUCUAUGAGUACCAGAAACAGCUUAGCAGAGCUAUGCGGAUGUAUGAGCGACGGAUCGAGUGGCUCUCUUUGGCCAGCAGAAGAAUCUGGGGUACAGUCUGUGAAAAAAGGGUGGUUAUCGUGCUUGAUACCUCUGUGACCAAUUCCAUGUACAUUAUUCAUAUCCAGCACUCCCUGCGGCUUCUGCUGGAGGAGCAACUGUCCAACAAGGACUGCUUCAACAUUAUCGCGUUUGGGAGCACCAUUGAAAGCUGGAGGCCCGAGAUGGUUGCCGUGAGCCACGACAGCUUACAGUGCGCCUGGCGGUGGGCCCUGACACUGCAGUGUGGGGGCAGCAGGAAUGUCCUCAGCGCCCUGCGGAAGGCCGUGGAAGUGGACUUCAAGGACAAAGACAAACACCAGUCACAGGGCAUCUACCUCUUCACGGGGGGCAUCCCUGACCAGGACAUGCCCAUAAUCAGCGCCUACAUGGCUGAGGCCUGUGGGGGCUGCAACCUCCAGCUGAACGUGUGUCUCUUCUACAUGGGCAAACCACAGAUGGACACCGUGCCCCCUGCCUGCUAUGCCAGCAGCACCGACACGGCCACUGCCUACAGGGAGGUCACCCGGGCUGCUGGCGGCCGCUUCCACUGGUUUGGAGACACAGGUAUUUAUGAAAGUGAUGACAUCAAUGCCAUCAUGUCUGAGAUGGAAAAGGCUCUCAACUACUCCCAAAAGUGUGCCUUACUAGUAUCCUCCCUGAAGAACCAGCCCAGAAAAGAACUGGAAAGCACAGGCCUCCUGAAAGAAAAGCCAAAGAUGCUCAAGCAAAGAAGUCAGCCCAAGAAAUUCUGUCCUUCCAAGCCCACAGCCUCUUCGGUGGCCAGAAUGAGCCUUAAAGAUGACCCUGACAGAGAGAACAGUGCACCCUCAAAAGCUCUGCCACGGCACCCACUCAGUGGUAAAGCAGUCAGCCCACCAGUUGUAGCCCAGCCAGAGAAAGAUGGGACAGCAGAACAGAGGAAGACCAAGUCGAGGAAAGCAGAGACAUCUCUCUCACUGUUUUAUGUGGAGAAAGGGAAUACCGUGGGCUCAGUGUACAAGAAGUACCCUCAAGGAAGGGGCAUAAGAAGGUCUACCACUUCUGUUGAGUUGCCCAGAAAGGAUACAAUUUGCUCAAGCCAAGAGUGGAUAGCAAAUUAUGGGCUAAGAAAGCUGAAGAUGCAGAUUUCCAGAUACAUCGGUCCCAUUUGUACUCAUCAGAAGUCAGCACAGAGGUUGGCAUCAGCCAAAUACUGCAGCAACUUCCCCAGCAUAGAGAUCAAUGGCAUGGUGAGACACAUUCAGUGGAUGCCCAGAGAACUCGAAGCAUACAUCAGGUGCCUGGAGAAGGUGAUUAGACGCUACAUCCAGAGGCUGCAGUGGCUGCUGUCUGGGAGCCGCCGACUGUUUGGGGCCAUUUUGGAGAGCAAAGUGUGCAUCCUGCUGGACACAUCAGGGUCCAUGGGCCGCUACCUGCAGCAGGUGAAGACAGAGCUGAUUCUGCUGAUUUGGGAGCAGCUGCGGAAGCACUGUGACAGUUUUAACCUGCUCAGCUUUGCAGAGGGCCUACAACUGUGGCAGGAUACCCUGGUGGAGACCACAGAUGCAGCAUGUGAUGAGGCUAUGCAAUGGGUGACCCACCUUCACGCUCAGGGGAGCACCUCAGUCUUGCAAGCACUGCUGGCAACUUUCAGUUUUCCACAUGUGGAAGGAGUGUACCUCCUGACUGACGGGAAGCCUGAUACCAGCUGCAGCCUUAUUUUAAGAGAGGUCAAAAGAGUCAUGGAGGAAAGAGACGUGAAAGUGCACACCAUUUCCCUGAACGGCAGCAGCAGGGCAGCGGUUAGCUUCCUGAGAAAUCUGGCCUCCCUCACAGGGGGCCGCUACCACUGCCCGGUUGGUGAGGACACACUCUUCAAAAUUCAUGGCCUCUUGACCAAAGACUUCGUGGAUGAAAGGGAUCCCAUGCUGCCAGGAUUUGAAGGAGAUGAUUUGAGGAGAUUGGCCCAGGAGAUCGCCAAGGCCAGGAGCUUCCUCUGGCAGGCCAAGGCCUUCAGGUCCCAACUCCAGAAAAAGAAAAACAAUGCAGAACCAGAAGUUGCUCUUUUUUAGAGACUCAUUUUCAAGGUAAGGUGAGAGGAUCGAUUCUUCACCUUUUUAGUGCCCACUAAAGGCCAGGCAGUGUGCUGUUUUGUGGAUGCUAGUAGCUAUGCCCUGUCCCCCAGCACACCCUACAGUCCAGCCACAAGACUGUCACUUGCUGGGAAUCCCUGUACCAAGCCCCUGCCUGGAAUGUCCUUCUUGCCACUCUCUGCCAGGUGACUCAUGUUCAUCCAUCAAGGACAGCUCAAAUGGCAUCAGCUUCAUUGUGAAGAUGUCCCUGGAAGCCAUCAAGAGCUGGGAGCUCCAGCCUUCCUGCCACAGUGUCCUGACCAAACAUCCCUCUUUACAGAGGUGACACUUAUGACACAGGUCAUGCUCCUUGCUCCCUUGUCAACUCCUCUUCUUGACUGUGAGCUCCCUCAGGAUGAAGCUGGUGUCCUACCCAUCUCUCAGUGCUGAGAACCCGCCACCUGGCAGACACACAGUAAACACUGAGCAUCCAGCUUGGCUGUGGGAGCCCACCUGUAGAAAACAACCAGAUGGGGUUGUUUCUGCCCUGGGCCCCUUGCUCUGUGCUUCCCACCCACCCUGGUCCAUGGGGACAAUGGGCAUUCACUGUCAGCACAUUUUGCAGGGAAGAGGAAACAGGUGAGUCUUACUGCCAUUCCCCUUGCCCCUGGCUCAACCAAACUGAGCUGAAGUCUGCUCUGGAGCCCAGUCUAGAGAAUGCUCGGGUCAAGCAUGUGAAAAUAGGGGGCCCAGCCCCAUGCAUACAUUUGAAAAUGUAUGUGUCCUGUAUCAUGUGGUCUGGGGUUAUUUUCUAAGACAAGAGAAAAAUUGCUUUUAUUUAAUAGGAUCAAAAUGACUUUUAAUCUAAAGUGAUCAUUGGUGUCUGUGUAUGUGUAAAUUUUUGAUAAGAUAAAAAGACUCAUAUCUAGAAUUUUAAAAAAGGGACAAAUGACUCAGGUAUAAAUGGACAAUAGGUAUAUGAAAAGGUGCUCAACAGCCCUACCCACCAGUGAAAUUCAAGUUAAAAUCACAAUGAGCUACCACUACACACCCACCAGAGUGGCUGAAAAUAAAAAGACUGAAAAUAUCAAGAUACAGAGCAGUCGGAAUUCUCAUGCAUUGCUGGGGUGAGGGAGGGGCCAUGUCAAUUAGUUCAACCACUUUGGAAAACUUUGUGGCAAUUUCUACCACAGUGAAACAUACCCACUCUAUGACCGAGCAAUUCUACUCCAAGGGAAACAAGUGCAUACGUUCCACAAAACACUCAGACAACGUUUAUAGCAGGUUUAUUCAUAAGAGCCAAAAAUUGGAAACUACCUAAAUGUUCAUUAAUGGUAGAAUGGACAAACAAAUUGAUACAUUUGUACAGAGGAAUACUACACAUAUAUUUUUUUAAUGAGCUGAAGCUAUAUUCAACAAGAUGCAUCAGUCUUAUGAAUAAUAUUGGGCAAAAGAAAUCAGCCACAGAAGAAUACAUACUACGUAAUUCCAUAUAUGUGAAUUUCAAGAACAGGCAAAACUACUGUUGGUGACAGAAGUCAGAAUAUUGGUCAAUAUUCUAUAUCUUGAUUUGGGUGGUGGCUACACUGGUGUACACAUAAGUAAAAAUUCAUCAAGUCCAAAAAAAAAACUGUUUGACAAGUUCUAAGGCUUGACAAGCCCUGACUUUGGCCAGGCUGCGUGCUGCGACCAGGGAGGCAGCAGUGACCACAGCACCCCCACGGGGCAUCAUCUCAGUCUGGUCACUGUCUCAGACAGCUGCCCUUCUGCACCACCUCUACAAACACAGAGAAAAUGGCCUGUGGGGACCGUAUAGCUUUGCUAGGGCUAUUGUAACAAAGUACCACAAACUGAGUGGCUGGAACAAUAGAAAUUUAUUGUCUUCAGUUCAGGAGGCUAGAGUCUGAGAAGAAGGUACCAGCAGGGCCAUGCCCCCUCGGAAGGAGCUAGAAAGGAUCUGUUCCAGGACUCUCUACUGGCUUCUAGUAGUUGCUUGGCUGUGGAAGCAAAACUCCGGUCUUCACAUGAUGCUCUCCCUGUGUGUAUGUGUCCAAAUUU